UCAGAGCCGUCUAGCCUGCUUGUCUCCUGAGUCCUCCACGGCCAGUCAAACUAGUGGUCUCUACCUACCACCACCAUGGCGGCCCGUAUCUUCAAACCUAGCAUGCGUGCUGCAGUGCUCCGCCCGCAAAACAGCAUCGUACCACGAACACGACGAUGGCAGAGCACGAAGGUGCCCGCGUACCAAGGACACAUCCCCAUCAACUGGUUUGAGAACGGCGUUCUGGCUGUCGGCUCUGCAUUCAUGGCUCUUGCUAAUCCGCGUCGCGGUGAUAUGGUCGCUGCUCUGGGCGAAACAACAGCAGGCCCUGCUCUACCCCGUCUGCGAGACUAUAUGCUUUCCAGCCCCGAGGGCCGCCGCAUCCUCAAAGACCGACCACGAAUCAACUCUGAUACAGUGGACAUGGACAAGCUCGCGCAGAUGCCUCAAGGGUCCCUCGGGAGAACAUACAUUACGUGGCUCGAGCGCACUGGUGUGACUCCGGAUACACGAGAACCCGUGCAUUACAUCGACGAUCCGGAGCUGGCGUAUGUCAUGCAGCGCUACCGGGAGUGCCACGACUUGUACCACUGCAUCGUCAACCUGCCCGUCAGCGUCGACGCCGAAAUCGCCGUCAAGUACUUCGAGUUCGUCAACCUGGGGCUUCCGCUCGCAGGCCUCUCGGCGCUCUUCGGUCCGCUCCGCCUCAAGCCGGCGCAGCUGCAGCGUCUUGUGGCAGAGUACAUACCCUGGGCGCUGCGCUGUGGGGGAAGCGCACGAUGCUUGAUCGAAGUUUACUGGGAAGAGCGCUGGGAACAGGAUGUGCGGCAGGUCAAACACGAGCUGGGGCUCUGGGACGCCCCCGAGAUGAGGUGGCGGAAGCCCUUGAAGGAGGCCCAGCUAGCAGCAGAGAAACGCAAGGCUGCGGAGGGUGUAUCUCCCUGAUAUCACGUUUGUUCUGAAAUGAAAUGCUCUGAUGUGUCUGACAAUGGCAAAUGAAGUUCACGAGGCGUCAACUCACAAACUACCAUUGGCUUCGUGGAGACGUCCUCCGUGAGGCUUGCUCUAUAAGGUCUAAACUAAGGGCCUGCCAAGUCCUCACGGUGGAGCUAGAAUUCCAACACAGCAAGGAUCGGUAUUUCGUCAGGACUGCUCAGGGCCCUUGUAGCGCAGGAUGUGCAUCGUCUCCUGGGGGAAUCGUUAGUUGACUGGAUACCACCGCCCCUAGGGUGCAUUUUGCUGAGACCCCGAUCCUGAACCUCUCCUCGUUCUGAGUGAAUCGGGGUUUCUGAGUUGAAAGAUGUCGUCCUCGGGCCGCGCUGCAAUUGAGAAUUGAGCCCUCAUUCAUCUUGCGGGCCGGAACCUGGGUGUAAUUUCCGAAUCCGCUAUUUGUGCCGGUCCUUCUUACCGAUUCACAGUGAAAAAAGAUAGACUAUAGCGAAUCAGAGAGAGCAGACGCUCAGGGAAGCGCAAAAGAAGGUUCGCGAAUCUGUCGUACCUAUUCAAAGACGCGAAUAUUCCCCAGAAUGACACACGUUGCAUCAUGUAUGUGCCCCAUGUCACAUGGAAAAACAGGGAUUUAAUCGAUUAUCUGCGAUAACGAACAGCGAGAACGCGGGGUCGCAGAACAGAUGACGCCUGGCAUGACCCUUCUCAGCUCCACGCGCGCGCUAUUCUCUGCGACGCUCGUCCUCGCCAUCGUCCUCGCUACCGUCAGACUCUGCACCGCUCUCUGAAGAGUCAUCCAAGACUGUUAGUGUGCGAUCAGUCACUUUGAUAGAAGGGGGGAGCUCAGGGACGGCGUACUGGGUACCCUCCAGGCCAUGGAGUCGGUUUCUCCUGCUCUGAGCGUUGUCAUUGCGAGGGGACCAACAAGGCCGGCGCGGCGGGUGUGUUUCGGGGACAGCACUUGGUCGGAGUCCUGUGGUACUAAGCAAUCGAGCAUCGGGUUGAUGCCUGUCGAAGCUGAGUCAAGGCCGGCAUCGUCUUCGAGUAGAGGGCUCGGAGGAGGAAGAGGUGAGGGCCGGGUGCUGGUGUUAUAGAGGUCGUAGAUAUCCUCCACCUCUUCUGACCUGAGACGAGUCGGUGCAUCCGACAGACAAUGCGGGAGGAAGACGUACAAUAGUGGCUCCGAAUCCGAGCCAGAGUCCUCAGCAGAGUCAGAGACUUCGUCCUCGUCGGGGAACCUGAAGAUCAGGGGGUCAAUUAGUAGCCCCGUGAUGGGCGCGCGAGUGCAGCACUCACUCAAGGAUCGCGUCGUCCCUAUACGAAUACGCAUGGAUAAAUUCAUCCAGCUGGUCGUCGGAGUCGCUGCAGUCACCCAUGAGUGGAACCGGAGAGCUCAUGUGCCAGGUAGAUACGCGUGGUGGGUGUACCCUCCUUCUCACGAAGUCAUCACUCGAUAGCUUGGUCAGUACCAUUUAAGACCUGUGAUUCACCAAAUGCGAUCUGCUUCGCUGCCGUCUUCCGGCUUUAUCCCUGAGCGGUGAUUGCGUGUCCCACUGGCUACGCACGGCCCAUUGAUGCGAGGGUGCGGGCUAGUGUGCCGAAUUGAAUGAGAGCUUCAUAGAGGGUGUGGAAGGUUAUAUUGCGUUGUCUAGAAGAUGUGGAGAUGAAAUUUCCGCUUCCGGUAAGGUUGGCUUAGAGCUGGAUUCAUGAAAAGCAAGGUCGCCAACAUGAAUAGCAACGCGAGCCAGGGUGCAAGGUGAAGGCUGGAGACUCGAAGAUCACGAAAUCAGGCUGACCUGAUGUCACCACCUGUGACUCUGUCUUCCUUUGACGUCAAUGCUGCGUUGUUCACUGCGGCCCUGUGGACGCGUUUUUCGUGGCAAGGGCCGGAUAUACUCACGCCCAUCAUCAUCAUAUUCUCAUAUACACCCGACAAUACGCGGAUAUGUCCAGAAACUCGAACUCCCGAAAUUCGGCGUCGAUCCAAACAACAUACGAAUUUUGGCGAAGCCAAUUGAAUUCCACUCUUUGCUCGUUGACAUGAUCAGCCGCGCAAAAUCGAGAAUAUUCAUCUCGUCAUUGUACCUUGGAUCAACGGAGUUUGACAUCGUGAUGGCUCUCGCUCAAGCCCUUCAAAGAAAUCCCCACCUGGAAGUGCAGAUGCUCUUCGACCUGAACCGGUCAACGCGUCCUGAGCCUCAGUCGACGGCGAAAUUACUCUUACCUCUCGUGGAGCAAUUUCCAGAUAGAGUUCAUGUAUCGUUCUUCAGGAGUCCGAGCUUGAGAGGAAUUCUCGCUCGACUAGUGCCCCCGAGAUUCAACGAAGGUUGGGGAACGUGGCACGCCAAGAUUUAUGGUGUGGAUGACGAGGUGAUGUUCAGCGGCGCUAAUUUGAACAAAUCCUACUUCACGGACAGGCAAGACCGUUACCUGCACUUCUCUUCGCAGCCGAUUUUAUCGAAGUUUUGUUUGGACUUCAUCAAGACGGUAUCCAGCUUCUCCUUCAAGCUGCAGACAGCGUCGUCAUCAGUCAUCGGGGAACAUUCAAGGAAAACACCGGACUACUCCCUGAUUUGGCCGGAAUCGUCGAUUCAUCCCCAUCAGAUCCACGAUAUGGCAGAAGAAGGGCUCUCUAGCCUUCAACAGACGUAUAUCCAACAUACUGCGAAAGACGACGUUUCCGACAAAGUCGUUCUUUUCCCGCUCAUGCAAGCCGGACAAUUCAACAUCCGAGAUGAAGAAAAUGCUCUCGCCGCAUUAUUCAACCAUCUGGAGAGCCACACGCCGGCAUCCCGGCCGAUCCUCGACCUGACCAGCGGAUAUUUUGGAUUAUACAAAAAAUACCGGCAACUCAUUCUCGACAGUUCGCUAGUCGAUUGUCGAAUUGUAGCUGCCGCUCCAUUAGCAAAUGGAUUUUACGGGUCGAAAGGUGUAUCGGGACGUAUCCCUGAGGGAUAUACUCUUCUGGAACAACGAUUCAUGGCCGCUGUCGCACGUGCCGGGAAACAGCCCUCCGUUCAGUUGAACGAAUGGCAUCAGGACGGAUGGACUUAUCACGCAAAAGGGAUCUGGCUUUCAGAGCCCAACGAGCCACCCAUGCUCACGCUCUUUGGCUCAACAAAUCUCAACUCGCGUUCAGCUCACAUAGACUCGGAGUUGUCCUUCCUCAUGCUCCCACCUGCCGGGGCUGAGGAACUCCGGAAUCGGAUGGGGGACGAGAUCCAGGGACUCAGGGCCCAUGCUGUCCCGUGGCAAGGUGCCGACAGAAAUGUUCGCAUUGGAACGAAGAUGCUGGUUGGCAUGGUGGGUAACAUGCUGUAGUAAGAUAUUACAUCGCGUGAUUAUAGGGGCAUUCUCAUCGCAAAAAUCACUUAAUUUGUCACUUAAAACCAAGUUGCUCUUCCAGCGUGUGGUUGAGUUUGUUGGGUUUGGAACCUGGUGGUAUUGCGGACUCCGGAGGAGCACCCAUCACCUGUGAUCCUGUGACUCCGUGACUUCACCCGUCACAUCCGUUACAUCACAUCUCUCCAUCGGUUGCCGCAAGGCCAAUCCACGCACUAAAUCGCGACUUGACCGCUAUCUGAGCAGAGAUGCCGCCCAAAAAGCAGCAGCAAUCGAGCUCCUCCAAAGUCAAAGAUGACAAGACCUUUGGCCUGAAAAACAAAAACAAAUCCGCCAAGGUCAAGCAGCAGGUCGCCAUCCUUCAGGCACAGGCGUCGAUCACGGGUAAAUCUCGAGAGACGUUGGCGAAGGAGAAGGAGAAGGACCUGCGCGCGAAGGAGAAGCUGGAGGAGGAGAAGCGGCGGAAGGAAGAGGCCGCGCUGCUGGGCUCCGUCCCGGUGCAGAAGAUUCCCUUCGGCGUCGAUCCCAAGACCGUGCUCUGUGCGUUCUACAAGGCCGGGUCCUGUCAGAAGGGGAACAAGUGCAAGUUCAGCCAUAACAUGGACGUGGAGCGGAAGGUCGAGAAGAGGAAUUUGUACGAGGACGGCCGAGAGGAGAAGCUCGAGGAUACCAUGGAUACAUGGGACCAGGAAAAGUUGGCACAGGUCGUUCUGUCGAAGCAUGGAAACCCGAGGACGACGACAGACAUCGUUUGCAAACAUUUCAUCCAAGCCAUCGAGGACCAAAAAUUCGGCUGGUUUUGGGAAUGUCCAAACGGUGGAGAGACGUGCCAAUAUCGUCACGCUCUCCCCCCUGGCUUUGUCCUGAAAUCGCAGCGCAAAGCUGCCGAGGAGGCCGCUAAAGCCAAUGUCAUCAGUUUAGAAGAAUUCCUCGAAGUGGAGCGACACAAACUCGGCACGAAUCUCACACCAGUCACACCCGAAUCAUUCGCGAAGUGGAAGAAGACGCGGAUGGACAAGAAAGAUGCCGAGCAAGAGGCCCUCCGUAAGGCGAAGGAGUCGCAGCAUGCCGCCGGCAAGAACACCGGAAUGAGUGGAAAGGACUUGUUCGACUACAACCCGGAAUGGUUUCUGGACGACGACGACGAACCGGAAGACGAUUGGGACUUGGACAAAUAUCGCAAAGAGAAGGAGGACGAAGAUGCUGCGGCAGAGGCAGAACGACUUGCACUUCUUGGUCUCGAGGAUGGGGGUGGAGACUGAUCCAGCACUUGAAUGUAAUACAUAUGCAGACAGUGUUUGCCAAGGCCAUUCAGAUCCUUCGACCACUUCGGUCAUCAUUAUAUUU